AUGCCAGUAAAGUCAUACGCGGGGGCUCCGUCCUACCACAACGGUUACGUCUCUCCUUCCGGCAUCAAAGUGCAGUACAGCAAUGACUGGGUGAAACAUCAUCCGCUUGAGGGCGAUGGGCUGCGACCGCUCUUGUACAUGCACCUGUGGAAGAAGGAUAAAGGGAGCGGGAGCCGGCUCAAAAAUAUCCGUCUUCCGGAUACUGUUGUAUACGAGCACAACUUCCCCCGUGCCUGGUACACCUACGACGGGGAUGCGAAGGAAAUCAACAAGCACCCAGGCAAGAUGCUGGAUGCCCAGUCCAUCUACGAGCAGUUCAGCCACUCCACACCCGACUGCGAUGUGGUGGCGCAGUUCCUCACUACUUGCGCCCAGGACAAUGCGGCCUUCGGGACGGACUCUGGGCUCCUCACUUACGUGGAGUACUUCACAGCAGAGUCACUCCGUGAAUUCCUCUUUGGCCAUGAACGAAAACCGGACGGAAUUCUGCAGAAGUUUGUGUUACCCAAGGGGAAUAUGACGAUGCGACAAAAUUCGCAGCUACAAGUGAUGUGGUCGCCGCUGGUGACUGUGGUGUACAAGCGGACGAAUAAACAACGAUUGAACGACACACAUUUGCCCCUCCACGUACGCGCCGCCACGUUUGAUGGCGACUGCCACCUGAGUGAGUUGUCGCUCAUUGCGGACGAGACCAAAGGGAAACUGGAGUCUCUCUGCCGCGAGGUGGUGGAUCAUGUCUACUUUACUGAUCACAAACUGAUCACCUGCAUCGUGCUGAACUUCAAAAUUGACGACGCCAAUAAGCCAUACCUGCUCUGGUGCAGCUCUCUCCGUGUCUCGGGUGAUAGACUGAACCCGCGACAUCUGCGCGUCCCUGUGGCACUCUCCUUGCAAAUUGAGGUGUUAAAUGAUGGAACAACUACGCGGGAUCGCAUGAAUAAAUGUAUAAAGCGGCAACACCAGCUGUUCUUGAUGGACAAACAACUCUUUGAGCUUUCACGAGACUACAAUUUUGGCUAUCAAUGCAACACGUCCAAUGUUCGUGAGGCAAAACGCCUGGGCCUCGUGCCUCAACGUGGGACAUCCAGUCGGACUUACUUACGAAGAGGUUCACCGCGGCAUGGCCCAUCCCAUCCCUUUACUGAAGCUAUGCGGUACUUUGGAGACCUCACGCGGGCGUUGCGUGGUGAGAAUUCCUCCCGCCGCAGUGUAUCUUCAGCAGUGCAACCGCACGAGCAACGCCGGUUUUCGUCUGGUUUUUUUCGUCAGGGCCAGGAAACACCUGAUGCCCCGGAGCAUCGUGUUAGAAGUGAGCUUACCGCUAUGGCGCUUGACGCAUGGUACACUGUCUAUUCUUCCACGCUGUCGCAACACCCAGCUCAGAUGCCAACGAAGGAUGUGACGUUGUCAAGACCCCUUCUGGAGGUGCUGCAGCCCUCUGAGCUCGACCGUCUCUUAGUGAUUCUUGGCCUUGAGAAGAACUUAUCCUCUGAUGACCCUCAGAGCUUCACCGUGAAACCGGACCUUAUUGGGCCCGGGCGACGCUUUGAUCGUCCACUAUUCAACGCAGAGCGUGAUGUAAGAGAAUACUUUGAUGAACUUUUUGCUUUGAGGGGAGCAGAGAUCACGGCGCAGUGUCUAAACAAUGAUCGCUGGGUCUGGUGA